UUGGCCUGAUAAUUAUCGUAAAAUGUUAUUUAUUUACACAAUCAGCUGCUGAUAAGACGUGACUUUUUGUUAUCUCGCCGAAAAUCGCUUCAUUUGAGGCAAAACUUCUGCUCGAUACGCAGCAAAAAUACGAAAUGUCCGACAUUUUGUACAAAAAUCCGGAGGAAAAGUACAAAUAUGUGCUGGAAUUACUCGAAAAAAGUGAAAAUACUGAAUCCGAUGGAAAUGUUCAGCUUCGUCGAUACUUGGAACAAGUGAAAAAUUUAGUGAGCGAACGAUUUGAAGAUGAACCACAUUGGGCUAAAAUCAGCUGCGAAUGGCUGAAUCGCAACAUUAACAGUCUUUUCGGCAAAAAUUGGGAAUUUUUGGAUUUUGGAUUGAAAUUACUUGGAUUGCUUUGCCGGUCCGAAGAUAUUUUCAAUUGUUUUUUGCGUGACGGUGUUAUACAACAAGUCAUCGACCAUCACGCGAACGAUCAUCUGUCGGAUGCACGUUUACAACAUGCCUACAUCAUGAUUCUCCGCGCAAUGACGACUCACAACUCAGGCUUACAAGUCAUCAAAUCCCAAAAUUUAUGGCGAGUUUGCAUGAAAGAGCAUUCCAAGAGCACUUAUUACCUCGUACGCGAGUCCGCAACCUUACUUUACGACAUUUUACGUCAAUUGGAUUUGGCUGGAGAGCGAAUUGUCUUGCGAGAAGUGCUGGCGGCGCUUUUGAGUCCCUUAAUGGACAGCAACGAACCAUGGUUAACGGACUCAAUUAAAGUAAAUGACCAAGAAAACUACGAAAAUUUGGUCAAAAUGCUCGAAAGACUCGAAAAUUUGCUGAUUUUGAUGUACAAUGCGAAGGAAGAGACGACCUUGGCUUACGAAUUGAUCAUUGGCUUUGCUUUGGACAAGAAAUUAUGGAGCAGCACACUUUUUUGCAUCAACCGGGAUUACCAGGUGAAGCUCUUGCGGGUGGCGACUUAUGCGAAUUUCGUUCAAUAUGGCUACAUGCGGAUUCCGGAGACGGAUACGACACUCAAACCGAUGGAUUUGCGCGAAUUUUACGUGAAUUUUUACAAUUUCAUCGGUUAUUGCAUCCAAUAUCGCGAUCCCAACCUCAUUUUGAUGCUGAUGGAGCUCACGAACCAUUUGUGCUAUAAUAUGCAGGAAAAAUCUCCCGCUGACAUCAUCACGAAAAAUAAUUUGACCUUCGGCGAUCAAGUUUUAAUCCUGCAACUGUUGCCGGUUCUUUUUAAAAUCAAAAAAUUCCAAUGCACAAAGUCGAAAUGCAUGGAGGAAUUUUGCGAGAAAUUUUUUUCGACAGUUUGUGAGCAGACCGUACGUCACAUGUACGCAUUACGAGACGUGAUCAACCAAACUAGCGUCUGUAUCGGCGUCGUAGCAGUCAAAAGUGUCAAGGGACUCAUCUCGAUGUCGAAUUAUCUGAGUCGAAGUCGCGGAAUUCUCGCGUUUCAAGGCUUAAUUUACAUUUUGAAGGAAUACGUGCCGGAUACGGAGACCAAAACGCUCCCGAAUGGCUUCAAAAAGACUGAUUUGGUGCUGGAAUGUUCGAAUUUGUUGUCGAUUAUUUUCAGCGGGUUGCAUACGUUUGUGCAGAAAUUCAAUAUUUCGUGGACGGAUUGCAUGGAGUCGACCAGUAUCGUGGAUUUGUCGUUGUCGUUGCUGAACAAUCCGAGUUUGUCGGGGAGAUUGUCGGUGCAGGCGUUGAAUUUGGUAAGAUUGGCAAUCGAGCAUUUUUUGUCGCCGAAUAUGGUGCUGCUGAUGGACAAUUUGGAAGGAAGUCCCUUGGAAAAGUUGGGACCGACAAUUGUGAAGAGACUGCAGGAUAAUGAGGGAGAUGUGAGAAAUGCCACGGCGGAGUUGCUGGUUUCUGUUGUGGAGAUUUCGAGAUCAAAAUUCCCGGGCUUCAAAAAGCACAUCCUGAUCAACAAAAUCUGCCCGAUGAUCGUCGACAUCACGGAAAACGAUCGCGACCCUUACGUUCGUUGCUCCGCUCUUCGCUGCCUCUCGCAAAUGGUCGAAAUCAAGCAAUUUUGGGUGCAUGUCUUCGCCUCAAUGAACCUCAUUGAUCGCCUUUUACUCAUCGUGCGCGAAGAACCCGAAGGAAUUAUCCGAACUCGUGCCACCGGAUGUCUCGUUUCCAUUUCCGCGCAUCAACAGCUGCCCACAGACAUUGUCGAGACGCUUUUUUCCACGAUGGCUCACCUGGCAACCAACGACUUGUACUACGACGUCAAAACACAAGCGAUCAACUUUUGGUCCGCUUACCUCGAAGAACUUUUCCACAAUCAAGGCGCCCUGGAUGGAAAAUUCCCGAAAGAAACUUUUUCACGGGAACACAAAAAAAUCGUGCAACUCACGCCGGACCAAAUUAAACGUCGUUUAACGAAAAUUAUCGAUGCAUUUUCCGCAAAAGGCGGAUUUGGAGUACUUUUGGCUGUUUUAUACGACGAAAGUGACAUCGAGGUUGUCAAAGCGUGCGUUACGAUGAUCCAGAAUUUCAUGUCGCGACUUUGGCAGUACAAUUACGUGACGAAAUCGCCGGAAAAAAUCACAGAAAUUAGUAUUAAUGGGCAUUAUCGUCCGCCCGUGAGUGACGAGGACAUAAAUUUACUCGCAAAAGCGUACGCGAAGCUCAGAACGAGCGAAACUACGAACGGAAGUUGCACAAUUGACGAGAUGAAUGAAGAUGACGAGGCAAUGAUGAACGGAAAUUCGGUGAAAAUUGAUGCAAAAUAUUAUAAAAUUUUCACGACAAUUAGUGGCGAUGAGUUUAUCGAUAUAAUUAGUCGUGUGAAUCUCGAAGGCAUCAUUAAUGGCAAGACUGAAUGGCUUCAAUCGACACAGGGACUGGAUUCGGUCUUGGAUGACGUUAUUUUGUCAUUUACUGCUGAAAAGUACGAAAUGGAGUGUUAUUAAAUGAUUUUUUAAAUGGAAAAUAUAAAAAUUUGUAUAUUUUGAUUUGAAAUUUCGUGAUAAAAAAUAUAUGCCCAGUGCACAUUU